GGAAAUGCCAGCAGAACAGCACAUAGGAUAGAGGACAGGCGGAUUCCUCAACCCGCCAGGUUGAUUCAUCAGCUGCCAGAAGUUCAUCUUAGGGGACCUUGAAGAGAUGCCAAUUGAUAAAAUGGUGGAUCUGAGCAGCAGGCAAGUGAGACGGUUUCCUUUGUGUGUUUGUUCUUUCCGAGAGCUGGUCAAGCUGUACCUGAGCGACAACAAACUGAGCCACCUGCCGCCUGAGCUGGAACAGCUGCAGAAACUCCAGAUCCUGGCACUGGAUUUCAACAAUUUUCAUAGACUGCCUUCAGUGGUCUGCACCUUGAAAGAACUAAAUAUCCUUUAUCUGGGCAAUAACAAAUUGGGAGAUUUACCAGGAGAGCUGCGUCAGCUGAAAAACCUCAAGACACUAUGGAUCGAGUCUAACCGCCUGUACCACUUCCCCAACGUGGUUUGUGAGCUGAGGUACCUCAAGACCCUGCAUGUUGGAUCCAACGCUCUGCGAUCCCUACCUGGGCAGCUUCGGCACCUUACGGAGCUGCGCACCAUUUGGCUUUCAGGCAACCAACUGGCCAGUUUCCCACCUGUGCUCCUCCACAUGCCCUUUCUGGAAGUGAUUGACGUGGAUUGCAAUGGCAUCCAAGAUUUCCCUAACCUCACGCACCUCACCAGCUUGAAGCUGGUGAUCUAUGAUCACAAUCCCUGUAGAAACGCCCCCAAGGUGGCAAAAGGGGUUAAUCGGGUCGGGAGGUGGUCCGAGGAAAGUCCCGAGCCAAGGAAGCGAUCUGGUAUGGAAAGGGACAGAAGGUCUGAGGAUAUCGAUGCUCUUCUCCCUCCUCCUCCUCAAUCUCUCAGACGGUCCAAGUAAGGAGCAACGGAAGAUACCUCAGGUACCAAAGGUCACAGAACUGGUGGUGUGUCAUUGAGUCUCCCUCAACCAGUCUGUAGAGCACCAGUCAAAGACUAUGCAUUUAAAAUAGGAGAGUGGGUUUUGCUUUUGCGAACAAAAAUCUUGCACAGAAGUAGUACAUGCAUGAUUUCACAAAUAUGUUUACAUAUUGUUUUGUUAGUAAUUGGAUCACUGUCUCAGUGACAAGAAAAACUUCAAAGCACACAACACAACAAUCAGCUGGCAGGGGUAACUUAUUUCGGUACUUCCCAUUUCUUUAAAAAUCCAAAUGCAGGAGCAAAGUCAUGUUAACAAGAGUCAGUAGGGAGAAACCCAUCAAAUAUGGAAAAGGUCUUGAAGUCCCACUGCCUUGCUAUGUGAAAAGAAAUCUAAAGCAGUAAAAUUAGAAGAGAGAGCCAGUGUAGUGUUGUGAUUUGAAUGUUAGACUAAGACAUUGGGAGACAAAGAAUGGAAUCCUGAUUUGGCAAGUAACACUCCCUCAAUUUCAGAAUAAAGCAACACCCCCCCCCCCCAAUGAACAAAUCCUGCCAAGAAAUUUCUGUGGUAGAUACAACAAGCACUAGAACUGUCUCAUCAUGGUUUUAACAGUUCAUUCUGUAACUGUACCUAGUGAUUUUAAGUAGAAAACACAUUUGUUUGCUCACACACUUUUAAAUUUAAAUGAGAUUUUUGGAUUGGGGAGGCGAUGGGCUCAGGUACUGUUAUUCACAAAAGGUAUCAAAGAAUAUAAGCAAAACAUCCAUGUGCUGAAGCAUCAAACUGAAUCUUAAUCCAGAUAAAAUAAAGGUGAUCCUGAUCAAGUGAAAGACAGAUCAGGGAAUAUUCAGCCAAGGCUGAAUCCUAUACUCUCCCUGACGAUGCAGAUUCACAGCUUAGGUUUUCACAUGGAUCUCUCUGAGCCUGGAAGCCCAGGUUUCAGCAACAGCUAGGAGUGCACUUGCAGUUAAAGCUUGUGUGCCAACUGAGCCUGUUCCUCGAGAUGUGUUAUCUAGCCAUCAUGUACCUUAGUUACACCAUAUUGUGCUCUAUGUGGGGCUGCCUUUAAAUGUUUGUAAACUUCAAUUGGUCCAGAAAGCCACGGCCAAAUUGCUAGAGCUGGAGACUGGGAUCACAUGACUCCCUUGUUGCAACAACUCCACUGACUGCCAGUCUCCAGGCCCAACUCAAAAGUGCCGAUGAUGAUAUUUAAAACCAUACCUAGCUUGUUUGAAGGACCAUACUCAUAUCUCACAAACCAGCAUAUUAUUUGAUAUUUGCCAAGGGGUUUUUCUCUCUGCCCCACCACCUUCAGUUACAUCUGGUGAGGAAACAGGAGAGGGUCUUCUCAAUGGCUGCCCCUUGGCUCUGGAGUUUGCUUCUGAAGUUAGGUGACACUCUCUUCUUUUGUUAAGCAAGCAAAAACCUCUUUAUUCAGACAAACAUUUGACGAGUGGCAAUAUAAGCCCUGUAUUACACAAUUAGCUGGAUAUUGCUAAUCGUUGUGCUGGUGAAUGUAUGUGUGUGUUUAAUGAUGUAUGUUUUAAUCUGGUUUUAAUUUUUUUUUCUUGUUUGAUAUUUUUAUGUUGAGGAUUUUUUAACAUCUUUAAAAAUGUUUUAAGCCAUUUUGGGUCCCAACUUGGGGAAAAGGAGAGGCAGAGAAGAUAACAAAAAGCAUCACUCCUUUUCUUUUGGGUAACUAAGUUUUGGUGGAGGUUUCUUGACAGAAUUGUUGCUUCUCCCAUGAAGCUAUAGUUCAGAUAAGCCUUUGGGGAGGUAAACUGGUAAAAAAAGCAGUGUAUAUACAAUCUUAGACUUGUUUCCAUAUAACUCCGUAGUUCCUCAUACAUAUGAAUAGUAACCAAAUGUCUUUUUCUAUAGUCGAUGGAAGAUAUAUAAAGGAAUUAAAAGCUGUUGGUUGAAAUCACAAGCUUACUGGGAGACAUUUAAAUCAUGUAUAUGCAAUCACCUCUAUGUACCAGCUUCAUCUAUUCAGACUGCUGCUGUAUGCUUGCCAGGUAAUAGAAGACACUAGUUCAACUAGUUCUACAGGUGAAUCUGGUUAUCUAUUUGCUAAGUAAGUUCUGCAGAGUCUCCUAGUUUGAUUAUUUCUCAUCCUCUCAACACUACUGUGUCAAACCAUCAGUUGGGAUCUACCAGACAGACACAGUUGGCAAUUCCAUUUAUGUUAGGGUGGCAACCAUGGCCUACACAUUUUCAGUAAUAGCUUCCUGGAAUUUUCUUCUUGCAAAGAUACCUAUUAGCAUAGAAAGCCACUUUAUACCAAAAGCAUUUAUACAUUUAGUAAGUUCAUGGAUAGGAACUCUGAAAGUUUUUAAUCAAAAUGAUUCCCCAACCAUAGCCUGAACCUAGAAUCUUUUCUAUGAUCCUAUACAAUUUUCAGAGGCAUUGCGAAGGUAUUCCUGUAUUGUCAAACAAUGUAGCUAAUUUGAUAUUAUGCAUGAAUUAUUUUGAUAGUGUUAUUAUUCUUUUUUAUUGUGAACUGUUGUUGUUGUGCACCUGAAAAAGCAGUAUAAUAAUGUAGCAAAUAUGUAGUUGCCAUUCAACCUCACAGGGAGCCCCCAGUGGCAGAGUGGAUUAAAGCCUUGUGACUUGAAGGUUGGGUUGCUGCCAGUGUCCUGUAUAUUUUAACUGCUAAAAUAAAGUACAGACUACACUGUAGUAAGUGGUCUGUGGUUUGCUCUCCUCCACACAUAGAAUAAAUAGUGUCCCUACUUCACGGCUUUUCACCUAUUGUGGGUGGUCCUGGAAUGUAACCCCCGCAAUAAGUGAGGGAAUACUGUAUUCUGCUACUCCAUCUAUUGCUACUUUUUAUUUUCAUUUUUGCUUACAAAUGCAGGUUCUGAAAGUCAAUAUUUAUUUGGAAACUGAAGCAUUCACUGAUUAGACUGCUCUUCAUAAUGUAAACAGGGAUGAACACUGUAUGUGAUGGCAAACAAGAAGGGUAGUUAAUGUUGAUUUUCCCCUUAGUUUUUGCCCAAGUAGACAGAGUUGAAAUAUGUGCAAAGAGGAAAUAUAAGGGCAUUUUUAAUUCCGACUACAUCAAGCAUUUUAUAUCAUUUUCUUUAAACGGCACUGUGUGCUAUUUUUUCACUAGCUGUCCCAAGUUACUUCAUGAAUCUGAAAAAGCUGACAAAAGCUUCAAAAUCCUGUACCAAAACACCUUAACAUUCAAACUAUCACAAACUAAUCAUUUUCUGUAACGCAUAUACCAUCUGCUAUUUUCAGAAUUCUGAAGCCAAUUAACUGAUGUUUCCCUCCACCCCCUUGAAUCAGCUAGGUCUCAAACUAAUUCGUCUUUGUUGUGAUCCAGUAUGAGUCAAAAUAGUUAAAAUAUUAAUUAAAAGACAGUGCUAAAGGAUCAAACUUUGUAAAUGCCAGCAUGAAACUCUGUUCAUGUAAUGCCAAUUGUUCAUAUUCUUUGAUUUCUUUUCUUAACAUUUCAGUUAAUAAUAUUUUGACACAUUUUAAGGAAAAGCACUACUUCCACUGUAGCAUAUAUUUGAACCUUUUAUUACAGAGUACUACGCAAAGAGGAUGGAGAGGAAUACUGACGUUAUACAAUUGAGAACAAAUUGGUCUUUGAAAAACAAUAUAAGUUAAACUAAAAGACUAAUUGCAUGUCAGUGCUAGAUAUGACAGCCCUUUACUCUGUAAUUGUUACAAGCAAAGUAACGUCUUGCAAACUGCUGGUCCAUGUGUUCAUGUUGGCGACAGAUGACUCAACAUGGGUAACGAUCUGGGACUCGUUUCCUGGAAAAACAGAAUUUAAUUAGAGAACAGAAUGUAAACUCAAAGGUGUAGGUUACAUUUUUAGAAUUAAUCUAAAGCUGUUUAUUUAUAAGGACAGUAGAGUCUCACUUAUCCAACAUUUGCUUACCCAACAUUCUGGAUUAUCCAACACAGUCUGCCUCCCACCCAGAUCCACAGCUGUUUCUCUAGGCAGCAAGGACUGAACUUUUAAUGUAUUUAAUUUCCGACAAUGUUGUUACUCUAAGUUCAUUUUAUGCAAUUCUAUCUUUAUUUGUAGUCAAUUUGUUAGUAGCCAAUAUUUUGUAGUCGUUUUCAAUACAUUGCAAUGUUUUGGUGCUAAAUUCGUAAAUAUAGUAAUUACUACAUAAUGCUACUGUGUAUUGAACUGCUUUUUCUGUCAGUCUGUUGUAAAACAUGAUUUUUGGUGCUUAAUUUGUAAAAUUAUAACAUCAUUUAAUGUUUUAAUAGGCUUUUCCUUAAUCCCUCCUUAUUAUCCAACAUAUUCGCUUAUCCAACGUUCUGCCAGCCCGUUUAUGUUGGAUAAGUAAGACUCUACUGUAGGUUAAUAAAGGCCAAAAAUUUCAUAUACACAUUUAAACUACAAUUGACGUAUGAUAUUUUAAGUACACAAAUCAAAUCUGGCAAAGGAUUGUGUGCUUGACCAAAUUCUUCUAAGAAGUAGGAAAGGACUGUUUUACCUUGGAGCUGCUUUAAUAAUAUCGUCAACACGGAGAAUAACUUCUGCAGCCUCAGCAGCACUAAGCAAAACUUGCCGUUUCACUUGAAAGCUUUCAACAACUCCCAGACUUGCCAUGUCGCCAAUGGCACCCUCUCUCAUGUCUCGAGGAGAUUAAAUAAAACAAAGGGGAAAAAUCAUGUCAUUAAAAAUGUAUUGGUACAAAUCUUAUUUGAAGUGUUAUUUUGUGUUUUCUAACUCUCUACAAAGUGAGGUCAUUAUUAAUAAAACUCUACAUAUUAUGCAAUUAACUUUAGCACAAAUAGUCCAAGAGACUUAGACCUACUUUUCCAUAUUACUUGCUCUUUAUAAUAAUUACCCUCCCGACUUUUGUAGUUAAUGACAUUCCAAACACAGUGGCAAAUUUCUGAAUUAUGGUUUAAUUUUAAUUCUAUUGUUUUAAUUUCAAUGCUGCUGUUGAUCAGCAUAACAAACAACACAAUCAGAUGUUAAUAGAGCUAAUAUCUAUUCAAAGAGGAAUAACUGAACUCAGACUUGUGAAACAGAUAUUCAAAAUCAAAGACAGGACUGCUUUGGAGAACAUGAUAUAAAAAAGCCUAAAAAAGUAUUUUACAGCAUCAAAACAUGGCUCACAGUCCUUUCAGACAAAUCUCAGUGCCUAUUUUCACCACAUUUGCCUUUCAACAGACUCAUUUUAACACCAGAAAUGGCCAAUGUACUCUAAGUCACUCAAAAAUUUAACUCAAAUUUUGAUACAACACUCCUGCAUCAAGUCAUAGAAAUACAGCCUUUUAAAAAGCAAAACAAACAAUAUGUAAAACUCACCAAGUCCACAUGUAGCUUUCCCUUCAAUAUGAGCAGCUCGAAGUUGGGAAACUAGAUCCGCACUGUCAUAGCCAGCAUUAUCUGCAAUGAUGGUGGGAAGCUAACAAAAGGAACAGUUUGUUAGAAUAUGCUGAAAGGAGAAAAACGUCAUGUUGCUGGUCAAUUACAAAAAAACGAUAUAUAUAGCAUACUAUAUGGACUAUUUUUUAUUGAUUAUUUUGAAUCCCAGACAUUAGCUCAGCUUCUCUGGCAGUUGUAUUUAUUUACAAGUUCAAAUUUGGUCCUUAAGAUAUGUUAUCUUAAAAUGAAAAUCCAUUAUAGGAAACACGAAAAUAAAAAAGAUUACUAAGUGGUUGCAUCUAUGAAUAUAUGAUCCAACAAAAUGAACAUUUUUCUGGUUUGAAAUCUGAAAAUCAAUGGCAAUUAAUUCCCCAGUUCUUCUGUUGUGCACACAAAUCACUGAAAUUCUUCAUAAAAUGUUUGCAAUACCAAUGAAUCCUGAGGCAUGUGUACAUACUCCCAGUAGAUGUAUUCUUAGUACGGAACCCAAUUCUUUUUAUUACCAUAUAUAUUGUCACUAAAUUUAUAACAUAUCUAUGAAUGAUUACAUAAUUCAUUGAAAGCAUUACAAAAUACAGUCCUGAUAGAAACACACAAUUUACAAAAUAGACACAAAUUUCAUGGAAUGCAGAAUAUCAACUUAUUAAACAUAAUGAUUUUAAAGUCUUAUGUAUGUUUACUAAGCAUAUACAUUCUAGUAGCCACUGUGGGCCAGGUAAUAUACAAACUGUUAAAUCAAUCAAUCAAUAAGAGUUAAAGGUAGAUUAACUGAUUAGCUGACACCCACAGAUUUUUUUUUUCUUAUAUGCUUGAGACAAAUGAUAGGAGUAAGAAGUGGGAAAAGUCAGAUACAUGUUGCAUUGUGUAUUUUGGACUGCAUUUUAGAAUUGUUUUAAAGAAUGCGAUUUAAAGGGUUAGCCAAACUAAAGUAAACAUUGUGAAAAGUCUGCAGAAAGGUAAUGAAUUAUUAAACUAGACUCAGUCCUGCAGACUUACAUUCUCUGUUUUGCAAACAAUAGCCAGAGGAAAUAAACAAGUUCCUAACUCA